AUUUGAGGAUAGUGCUGAUUGACAGAAGCACAUUGGUUUGAAACAAAAUCGUUUCUUUUAACCCAGCGAGGCUUCGCUGCUGCGAGACUUUGUGUGCGUGUGUAGAAUAUUGCGGAACUGGAUAGCUGUCUCGCUGCCAAUAGAAAGAAAAAGCUGAAAAAAAAACACUUUCCCCGCAACAAGAAUCCAUUGACCGGCUAAGAGAGAAGACGUCUUCUCCUCCACCGCUCCACAGCUCUCGUUGCAUGCACUCGCAACCAUCAAAAGUUAUUUUUUGACAGCUUGUUUUUUUGUUGUGAGGUCAAGUCGUAGGAUACACGCUACCCAGAGCACCACUGCAAACAGAGACUUUUGAGGUCAUGGAACAGAAUUCAACCGCGGGAGGAGCCACCGAGCAGUACCAUGGAAACUACCUUUCAAACCCGGCAGUCACAGCCGAGCCCCGCAGAGAGGAAGAGGAGGAGGAGGAAGAGGAGGAGGAGGAAGACGACGACGAGAUGCCAGCAGAGAGAAAAAACAAAAAAUCAUGGGGGCAAGUAAUGAAGGAGCUGAAGCUGUUCUGGUGGAACCCCGAGACCCAUGCGUUCAUGGGGAGGUCAGGGAAAAGCUGGGGGCUCAUCCUCUUGUUCUACACGAUCUUCUACUCCUUCCUGGCUGCCAUGUUCACGGUGUGCAUGUAUGCCUUGCUGAUGACUAUCAGUCCAUACACACCCACCUACAGAGACAGGGUGGUCCCUCCAGGAGUGAUGAUCUCGCCCCGCGUCGGUGGAUUCGACAUCGCGUUCAAUGCAUCGGAUCCCAAAACAUGGGCCAAGUACGCGGAGACCCUGAAUGCAUUUCUGACACCCUACAAUGACGUCGAACAGGAAAGGAAGAACGUUGCCUGCACCCCUGAUGUGUACUUCAAGCAGGACGACAGAGAGGAGAGCGCCGAGAGGAAAGCCUGCCAGUUCAAACGCUCCUCGCUGGGAAACUGCUCCGGGAUCGACGAUCCAAGCUUUGGCUACUCGGAGGGGAAGCCGUGCAUCCUUCUGAAAAUGAACAGGAUCAUUGGUUACCUGCCUGGAGAAGGGACCCCAGUGACCGUGUCAUGUGAAGCUCUGAAAGGAGAUGUGGAUCAUUUUGGAGCUGCAGAAUUCCAUCCAUAUGACUUUUUCAAUCUGAUGUAUUAUCCUUACUACGGGAAACUGACCCACGUGAAUUACACCUCCCCGCUGGUGGCAAUCCGCUUCCCUCAAGUGACAACAGAAAACCCCCUGACUGUCCAGUGCAAACUCAACGGGAAAGGCAUCAAGAGUGACUCCAUGCAGGACCGCUUCCUCGGCAGGAUCACGUUCACACUCCAGAUCGGAGCGUAGCGCUGACUCGCCGGGCAGCAGCAGCAGCAGAACCAACAUAUUCCCAAGAGGGGGACCAUCUGGAUCUGCGGCAUCGAGACUCCAUCCUUGUGUUUCGCUGGGUAACAUUUCCAAAGCCAGUCCAGCGUGGCUUUAUAGCUCUUUGUAUCGACGUACAAAGAAAGGAGUUAUAAACUUGACAGUAUUAAUAAUAUGUUAACCAAAUAAUUACAGCGACAUGUACUGUAUCACCAGAUAAAACCUUACAAGAAACACUAAGCACAUGGUCAGUAGACUAAAUGGUUAAAAGCACAUAUGAUUGAAAAAUGAACACUAGGAAGCUACUGAUAUAGGAAUAUACAGUGUAUAUGUACUUAUAAUAGUUACUAUCCUAGGACAGUUUGUCUCCCAAUGUAAAAGGGCAUGUCAUUUGUCAAGAAUAAAUUACAAAUGUUGAAUGUAUUAAAACAACAUUGAUGUAUUUGUAUUUGCUAUUGAAAUAUGUUAAUCAGAAAUUCCCAUUUUGUGGGGUAGGUCAUGCAGGUGUGUUUGAGGGAGUCCCUGGACUGAAGGGCAGGCAGGCUGGGGCAGUUCCGGUGGGGAUGGAGGUUGCUCUCUGGCAGAGCUGUGAGAGGAUACCCUCCUGGCUCCCUGUCUGGCUGUAACCAGUCCCUUUAACAGCUUUACAUUCACACAAAGACAACAUCAUGAGCGCUACUUAUACUUACCAGCAAUUUCAACAAAUCCAGCUGCAGGUAAACGCUGACGGGCAUUUCAAGUUGCAAUUCAGAAAGCAAAGCUGACCUUGAACUCAGCAUUGCCCCUGAUACCCUGACACGCUCACAACUUUAAAUACCCCUCAGCUUCUCUCCAGCGUGAAGAACUGCAUGAACCGGGCCCUUCGUUUCAGCUGUUUACAGCGCUUUAGGGGCCCGUGCUGCUCACACCACAUGAAGAGCACGUUUAGACCGUUUCCAUAUUAACUUUGAACGAUACGGUCCUGGUACUUCAUAGGAACGCUUAUACCUGCUCCAGGUAUCCAAACUCAUGACCAGGAAAGCUACGAAGUGAUUGUGAAUAAAACUGGGACAGACCGCUGUAGAGUCUGAAUGCUUCCUUACCGAAGGCACGACCCCUAUACUAUUAUAUACCACUGUGCAAGCAGGAGUUUACUGCACCAUAUGAUCUUGUGCUGUAAACAGCAUGCCGAUAGAUGCAAGCAGUGGCAGUCCAUAUAUGGACACAGGUCAAGCUUAAUUCCAUGCUUUUGGUUCAUGCAUUCAUUUAUUUUCAAGCAAAAAAAAAGCCCUGCUAAUUUUACUUCAUCCAGGGAGAUGACUUUUUUUCAAUUACUAGAUUGUGCCUUUGUUCUGUAGUGUUCUAGAGCAGUGAAGGGGUAACUGUUUAAUACUGUGAUUAAUAGGGUGUUGAAGCAAUGGGCAGCAGUGGGUGUGGCCAGUUUAAACUACCUUGUAAUCUGUAACCAGUGGAUUCAGUUUCGUUGAAUUUAACAGUGGUUAUAUGAAUGCCAUGUUCACUCAUACAUUUUAUUAUGACUAAAGCUGGGGAUUGCUGUCAGUAGUUAUCGGCAGACCCCAGGAUUAUUGUAGCGAGUAGCUGGUAGCUGGCCAGUACAUUUAUAAGGUUUGCUUUGGUUUUACAGGAUUCCCAUUUUUAAAUUAAAUUUGAAACUAUGAAUUCGGGUUUUAAUGUUGGCGUGGUUUCUAAGGCUCUAUUAAAAGAUACAAUUUUCUUUGUAUGAGAUGCUGUUGUGUAGCUCCACUUACUGUUUAGUCAUACUUGAAAUGUUGAAAGAUGGGGAUGGUACAUAAUUUAGUUUUUGAGUGAGAAAUAUGUACCAUAUUUAUAUAAUAAUAAUAAUAUGCACAAUCAAAGGCUGAACUAAAUAAACUAAUCUGAAAGAA